AUAUAAUUGUAUUUUAGUAUUUUUUAUUUAAAAAAUUUGAGCAAACAAGUUAUCUAGGGUUUUCUAAGGAUUUAUCUGCCACUAUACUGCCACCGAGAAUGGCUACGAGCGGAAUUCGGCCGGAGUCUCUAUCGGCCGCAGGCCGUUUAUCCGAGAAGCUGAGUUUACCGUCUCUACAGUCAAAGAUGAAGUGCGACCCCGAAGGCUAUUUGUCGGAGCUCAACCUCCUCUACGGCCAAUUCAAGACAGGACUCGAUCUUUUCCAGCAGCAAGCCGCUCUCAGCUUUUCUUCUGUCAGUGGCAUAGGCGCUGACCCAACUGUCUCCAAGGACCUCGGCGACCGUUCCAUGUUUCUUGCCCAUGUCGCCCCUUUUUACCCCAAUCAACUCGCGCAUUUCCCGCUUCAACUUGCCGACUUUCUCCGCAGUUCCGCCCGUACAAUGCCAUCUGGGCUCCGCUAUCACGUCUUGCAAGCUCUCAUUCUUCUCAUCAAUCGAAAGAUUAUCGGUAUACAGGAAACUCUAUCCUUGUUCUUGGAGAUUCAGACUCUAGGAGAUAGGAAUACGAGGAAAUUGGCAUUUUCGCAUGUUAUUCAUAACAUUCGGCGGAUGAAUCAAAAGCACAGGAACGAGGCUAAGAACCGGGCACUUCAGAAUGUCUUAUUUACGAUGCUACAGGAAGAGGAUGAAGGAAGAGCUAAGAGAUCACUUGUUACAUUGUGUGAGUUACAUAGGAGAAAGGUGUGGGUUGAUGAUAGAACAGCAAAUGCUAUUUGUACAGCUUGUUUUCAUUCGUCAUCAAGGAUCAUGAUUUCUGCUCUAGCGUUUCUUCUUGAUUAUGAAAAGAUUGAGGAUAUUGAUGAGAGUGAUGCUUCAAGUAGCGACGAUGAAAUGACACCUCAAGCACCACAAGUUGCCAUAAGCAAGGAGGCAGUUUAUAAGGCAAAUCAUAAGGGUACAGCUGCUAGCAAGAAAAAAAAGAAAGCAAAACUGCAGCGUGCCAUUCGUAGCAUGAAAAGACAACAACGUCUGUCAACAGAAAAGCAAAAUGCAAGCCAUUACUCUCCUCUAAACCAUCUAAAAGAUCCACAGGGAUUUGCUGAGAAGCUAUUUUCUCGUCUCCAAACAUGCAAUGAACGUUUUGAGGUUAAAAUGAUGAUGUUGAAAGUGAUUGCUCGAACAGUUGGUCUGCACCGUUUGAUAUUACUAAAGUUUUUUCCUUUUCUUCAGAAAUAUGUUCAGCCCCAUCAACGAGAUAUAACAAAUUUAUUAGCAGCAGCAGUUCAGACCUGUCAUGAUAUGGUGCCUCCUGAUGCAGUUGAGCCAUUAUUCAAACAAAUAGUGAAUCAAUUUGUACAUGAUCGUUCACGUACAGAGGCCAUUGCAGUUGGGCUGAAUGUGAUAAGGGAAAUAUGCAUGCGCAUGCCUUUGUUGAUGACAGAAGAUCUAUUGCAAGAUCUUGUUUUAUACAAGAAAUCACACGAGAAGGCAGUGUCAGCCGCAGCUCGGUCACUUAUUGUCUUGUUUAGAGAGGUCUGCCCUUCUCUUCUGGUUAAAAAAGAUCGUGGACGGCCUUCUGACCCAAAAGCAAGGCCAAGAGCAUUUGGAGAAGCCAAUGUCUGUAGUAGUGUUCCCGAUGUUGAUUUAUUACAGCACAGUGGUGAAGAUGAAGAUGAAUAUGAAGAUGAAAACGAGAAUAAUGAAGGUGGGGAUGGCGAUGCUGAUGAAUCCAGUGGCACUGACAUUGAUCAAGACGGUGAUGAAAAUUUUGCUACCAAAGAUGAAGAAAACUGGGUAUACAGUGAUGGUACUGGAAGUGAGGAUGAUGAUGAAGAUAAUGCCCUAGAUGAUGAUUCCAUAAGUGAAAAUAGCAUCAAUGAAGAUGACAGUGAUGUUAGUGGUGAUAAUGUUAAUGAGGAAAUGGAGGAUGGGAAAUCUGAGAUGGAGGAAGAUGAUGAGGAGGGGGAUGAAGAGAAUGAGGCAGUAGAGGCUGAGAUGGAGGGCCAAGAAGAAGCGAACAGUUCUGAUGAAAUAAAUGACAAUGGAAGUAGGGAUGAUGGGCUUGCUGCAAAGCAAUCUAAAUCAAAAAAGAGGAAGGUCUCUGAUUUUAGUGAGCAACUUCUGACUGCAGAGGCAAGUCUGCAGGCUCUCAAGAGAUUGGCAAAAGCAAAGAUGGGGCGUCCAUCUUCAGACUUAACUGAUGGAAUUCUUUCUAACGAGGACUUCCAGAGGAUUAAGGAAUUAAAGGCAAAGAAGGAAGCAAGGUUUGCUUUGGCUCAGCAAGGAUUUAAAGUUCCAAGUUCAGAUCAAUUGAGUUCCAAACGUGUUGAUCCUACGAAGCUUGAGGCUCAUAUUAGGCAUAAGCUAAGCAAGGAGGAAAGACUGGCAUUAGUGAGAGCAGGUAGGGAGGAUAGAGGGAAGUACCAGGCUCGGACUGCAAUAAAACAGAAGAAGACUGGUGGUUUAAGCAAUCGUCAAAAGGAACAUAAGAAGCUCAUGCCACUUGCUGCAAAGAAAGCCAAGGUUGCAAGAUCGCGGCAAGAGAAAGGUAAAAAACAGCGGCGCGGUGGAAAACAGUUUAGAGGGAAGAAAGCAUGGAAAUGAUCGAGGCUUAUGUGCUGAAAUUAGUCUUUUUACUUUUGUUCUUUGUCGGCUGAAAUUUUGUUCCCCUGCUUACAGAAACAUGAUUAAAUAGUUUGGUUGUUUUAUAACCGAAAAAAACAUGAUAGCGUUUAUUCACUCUGGUUUCAAUGGAAGGUUUGCUCUGCAGAUUAAAGUUUUACCUGAUC